UCUUGACGACUGUAGCGCCACCACACCGCCACGUUGAGUGUCAGUGGAAUUUUUGCAACAGAAAAAAUUUUCGCGUGUUUUGGACGAAAAUUGUGCAGGAAAAUCAUGGUUUUGGAUCUCGAUGUGUUUCGUAGUGAUAAGGGACAUGAUCCCGAUGCUGUGAGGAAGAAUCAAGUGAAGCGUUUUAAGGAUGUAGCUCUGGUGGAGACGGUGAUUGAACAAGACACGGAAUGGCGAAAUCGGAGGCACAAGGCAGACAAUUGGAAUCGCAUGAAAAACACUUGCAGCAAGGCAAUUGGUGAGAAGAUGAAGAAGAAGGAAGCUGUGGGGGAUGAAAAUGAGGCUGUACCACUGUCGAUGGUGGAGAAUCUCGAAGGGAUCACUCUGGAUGAUCUGCAGAAGUUGACAGUGAAUCAGAUUAAGAAAGUUCGUGUCCUUAUCGAUGAGGCCAUUGACUUCAAUGAAAAAGCCCUCCUGGAAGCUGAAUCCAAGCGUAAUAGUGCUCUCAGGGAAGUAGGCAAUUAUCUCCAUGAAUCGGUACCCGUGAGCAAUGACGAGGACGAGAAUAGAGUGGAGAGAACUUUUGGAGAUUGUUCCCGGACUGGAAAAUACUCGCAUGUUGAUCUCAUUCACAUGAUUGACGGGAUGAAUGCAGAGAAGGGAGCAGUAGUGGCUGGAUCCAGAGGAUAUUUUCUCACAGGAGCCGCUGUAUUCCUAGAACAGGCAUUGAUCCAGCACGCUCUGCAUAUUCUCUUCCGGAAAGGCUACAAACCCCUUUACACUCCUUUCUUUAUGCGCAAAGAGGUGAUGCAGGAAGUUGCCCAAUUGUCCCAGUUCGACGAGGAGCUGUAUAAGGUGGUUGGAAAAGGCAGUGAAAAAGUGGAAGAAGGAUCUCUCGAUGAGAAAUACUUGAUUGCAACUUCGGAACAACCCAUUGCAGCUUACCAUCGUGAUGAGUGGAUUGCUGAAUCGGCACUGCCCAUCAAAUAUGCCGGAUUAUCAACGUGCUUCCGGCAGGAAGUAGGAUCUCAUGGGCGUGAUACUCGUGGAAUCUUUCGGGUUCAUCAAUUUGAGAAAAUUGAACAAUUUGUGCUGACUUCACCAUUUGACGAUGAAUCGUGGAAGAUGAUGGACGAAAUGAUUGGCAAUGCGGAGGAAUUUUGCCAAUCUCUGGGUAUUCCUUAUAGAAUUGUCAAUAUUGUUUCAGGAGCACUGAAUCAUGCAGCAUCUAAAAAGUUGGAUUUGGAAGCAUGGUUUGGUGGAUCUCAGGCAUUCCGAGAACUUGUAUCCUGCAGCAAUUGUCUGGACUAUCAGGCAAGGAGGCUUCUGGUGCGCUAUGGUCAGACCAAGAAGAUGAAUACUAGCGUGGAUUUUGUUCAUAUGCUCAAUGCGACCAUGUGUGCAACCACUAGGGUGAUUUGUGCCCUCUUGGAGACUCAUCAAACGGAGACAGGAGUAAAGGUACCCGAAGUCCUUAAGAAAUUUAUGCCGGAGGAGUACCAGGAGGAGAUUCCUUUCGUCAAGCCUGCUCCUAUUGACACCGAGAAGGCUGCCAAGAAGGACAAGGGCAAGAAGUAGAAAAGGCAUUUGAAGAUUUUUUUGCUAUUUAUUGUCAUACAUUCUUAUCGCCAAUAAAAUGCAUGCUUUCCGGCAAA